AUGUCUGGACGAGCACGACGAAUGACCUUGCCAUCUAUCAAUGGCAGAAAAGAUCCCAUUCACAAGCCCGCCACGAAGCCGGUCUCGGAUCCCGCUCAUGGCGCAGCAUUUAUCUUCAUCCAUGGCCUUGGGGACGAUGCUGAAGGUCUAGAGAAUGUCGCAGAUCAGUUUCAGAAGAAUAACAAGCUCUCGUGGAUGCAUUGGGUGAUCCCAAAUGCCAUAGACGACCGUGAUGUGGGAAUGACAGCAUGGUAUCGUCCAACACCAUUGAAGCCAUUUGCGUCGAGUCGACCAGAGCUCGAGGAUCCCGAAGACGAGGAAGGUCUCCUGAAGAGCUUAGCAUAUGUGGAGUCACUAAUCGACGCGUGUGUACGAAAAGGCAUACCGCCGAACAGAAUCGUGCUGGGGGGUUUCAGCCAAGGUUGUGCUCUCAGUCUGCUCACGGACUUGACGUCGAAGAGGUUUAGUGGCCGACUAGCUGGCAUAGUAGGGCUUUGCGGCUACCUACCACUUGCUGAGGGUAUGCGGCUUCAACAGUUACGAGCCACGGCAGAACUACCACCGACGCAUGGCGAUGUGCCCGUCUUCCUGGCGAGGGGCGAGAAGGAUAUGCUCAUACCGAAGCGGAUCUGGAAUCAGACCUUGAAGGGUCUUGAUGCCUUGGGCCUGAAUGAUCCGGAAGUCCACGAGUACGAGGGAGCAGGCCACACCAUACAUGGGCCAAUGAUGAAGGACAUGUGCGACUUCUUGCAAAGGGUCGUCCCAGCGCUGGAGGACUGA